AUGGCUGCCAUGCUCUGUGAAAAUUGUUCUGGUCAGUACCACUACACUCAGGUCAACCAACCUCCUGAAGCCAGCUGCAUGUUGCUCCUGAUUUUGCUUGGAAAAGUGUCACUUGAUUUCUUCAUGUUGCAAGUUCAGCAAAAAAACGUGAAAGCUAGUUUUAUGGGAUACUUCUGUGUUUCACUGGCACUUCUGGAUUUCACACUGCUGAUGAGUAUUUUUUUCAUUUUCUAUUUUGAAGACUUUGCACUCUGGGGUGUACGAUUUACAAAGUACCACAUUUGCCUGUUCACUCAGAUAAUUUCACUUACCUACGGUAUUCUGCAUUACCCAGUGUAUCUUGUGGCUGGUCUGGAUUAUUAUAUGACUAUAGCCCAGACCUCUCAGUCUCCUAAAAGAAGUCAAAGAUUACUUUAUAUAUUUGCUGUGGUUGUUAUAUGGCUUUCAGGGUUUUUUUGUAUUCUUAAAGUUCCUGCUAUUUAUGAAGAACUAGAAAUUCAGAACCGUUUUUCUCCUUAUCAGUGUCCUCCCUAUGCCAGCAUGCAGAGCUACUCUGUCUCAUGUGCCAUGGUGCUUCUCAUAGGCACAGCUCUUGUGGCUUGUUGGAAGGAAGUUACAACCAUGCUGCUGUCUGUCAGGGUAGUUUCCUUUGCCAGUCAACCUGCUCUCAUGUUCUCGUACGUGUCUAACAACAACAGCACUUGCUUUAAGUGGCAGCUCCUGACCAGACUCCUCAUCUGCUUUCUUGGCACUUGGGCACCUUUUCUUCUUCUUCAAAUUAUCAUUUUGUUUCUCGGUGCUCGGAUUCCAGCCUACAUGGAGAUGAAUGUUCCCUGGCUGUACUUCAUCAACAGCUUUCUCAUUGCAGUAGCAUACUGGUGUCGAUGUCACGAUGUUGUAUUGACAGAGGAGAUGUGGUCUACAGAUCCAUUUGUCAGCUGGAAAUUCUGCUUUAUGCCAUUUAACAAUGAAAACACAGAGCCAGCUGAUAAGCCAGGCACAGUAAUUGUGAUCUGUUAA